AUGGAAUUCAUCACCGACAGUAAUGCACCGAACAAAUGUUUCGGAUACCAGAUUCCUGGCAAAAAGUGUAUCAUUGAUAUCGGAUCACGGGAGCAGUUGCGCGGAUUUGAAAUUUCCAUUGGUCGAGAAGGAAUUCAUGCCAUUCGAGUAUGUACCUCAGGAGUCAAAUCCACUUCAAAGAAAACCUUGGAACACCAUUCGUCAGGAUGGGUUGGGUCGCCAGAAGAGCCAGACAAAUACGGACAAUUGUCAGAAACUUGCAGUCUGGUUUCAAAUAAGGAGAUUUCUGCUAUUCAAGCAGGACUUGACGACUGCAAGUUGGUUUCGCUGGCAAUUGGAACUUGCUUGCAAAUUUCAGCUGAGACGACGAAGUGA